AUGCUUGCUAAGAAUCUAUUUCUAUCGCUACUUGCAGUGUCUCCGGGUAUGACUCAAUAUAAACCACCGAGGCCUGCCGCAUCCUCGGAGCCCCAGAGGGUUUUUGCUCACUUUAUUGUGGGCAACGCAUACUCAAUGACUCCGCAGCAUUGGGAGACCGACAUAAUCGAGGCCUCAAAGGCCCACAUUGACGGAUUUGCAUUGAAUGUCGCUCCUCAGGAUGACUAUACUGACCGGGUUCUCCAAACGGCAUACGAUGCUGCGGAAAGGAUCGGCAACUUCUCCUUGUUCAUUUCAUUUGACUACGGGUCUGGAGGCCCGUGGCCGGCUGACAGAGUAAUCAAUACCAUCAAUGCAUACAAAGGCCGGAGGGCCCAAUUCCACUACCAUGGAAAGCCGCUGGUUUCCACAUUUGAAGGCGUUGCCAAUGCGGGUGAUUGGCCAAGAAUCAAGAGUGCUACGGGUUGCAUAUUCAUUCCAAACUGGACAAGUAUGGGACCAGAAGGCAUCAGGGGCGUUCUGAACGAGAUUGACGGCGCAUUCAGCUGGGAUGCAUGGCCCGUCGGGGCCGAAGAUAAGAACGCGUCAAGUGAUUUGGCAUGGAUGAAUGCUCUGGCAGGAAAGCCGUACAUGAUGCCAGUUGCCCCCUGGUUUUAUACGAACCUUCCCCAGUGGAACAAGAACUGGCUCUGGCGUGGCGAUGACAUGUGGCAUUAUCGAUGGCAGCAGGUGAUGGAGCUGCAGCCUGCGCUUGUCCAGAUUCUGAGUUGGAAUGACUAUGGGGAAACCCAUUACAUCGGACCAAUUUACGAACCCGGAAUACCAGACGGAGCGGCACGAUAUGUCCAGAAUCAUCCGCAUGAUGCGUGGCGAGAACUCUUGCCGUAUUACAUUGAUUCAUACCGGCGCAAUCUGAUGAAUCCUCACAGCCAGCUCAGGGCUGCGUCCCCGGGAUUUUACAAUCCAAAGUACCCCAUGUCUUUCACUGACAAGAUCGUUUACUGGUACCGAUUGAAUCCCAGCACCGCGGGAAGCUCCGAAGGCACCACCGGGAAUAACCCAGCCGCGGGUCAGCGGGUCUUGCCACCUGGUCAGAUAUCCCAGGACCGAGUGUUCUUCAGCACAUUCAUAACCCAGCCGAGUGAUGUAUACGCCCAAAUCGGCGGGGAAUCACCAACAUUCUUCCGCGUGAAAUCACCGGGAAUCAACCACUUUUCUGUUCCGUUCUAUGGACAACGGGGCCCAGUGAGGUUCGGAAUCAUGCGAAAUCACCAGGAAGUAGCGACAGCAACUGGUCCACCCAUCAGUGAUCAAUGCAUUGGUGGAGUUGUCGACUGGAAUGCCUUCGUGGGUUCCAGUGGCUAGCGGGGAAUUCACGAAAUUGGCAGAGACGGAAUCAUAUGGACGAGAAAUGACUAGCAUACACCAGCGCUACCUGCAUGCGUAAAAUGAAUGAGUUUUGACCUUUCCAAG